GAGAGAGGAACAUACAGAGGAGAGAUUGUGCUGGGAUGGAGAGACAGGGAUGCUGUUGCUAGGGAACAGUAAGGAGAUGUCCAUCUUUUACAGCUUGCUCCACAUACAGCAAGGUUCGGAAAGGUUUACCUUUUAUAAAGGAGGGAAAUAAAUGCACCAUAUAAGAGAGAGAAGGAUAGAAGGAAGGGGAGGAGACGCCAGGUGACAUGACGUAAUCUGGAGUGAAGAAGAAUUAAAAAACACAUCUGAUAGCUGCUCAAAAGGAAUCUGUAUGUUGUCGUUUCGGGAUGAUAAUGGCCAUGCACAGAUCCUGAGAGACUGAAAAUCAUCCACCCGCCCCAGACGCCUCCCUUUGUCUGAGGAGAACCACAGACGGGACCGGCUUCACCCGACAGACAGACAGACAGACAGACAGACAGACAGAGUCAGCUCUGAAGCUCCUCGUCCGGCAUGAGCGCUAUGGAUUUAAUCAAGAGCUGAGAAAUCAACAGGCCUGAAGGUGAAGCACAGAGAGAAACCAGCGCCUGCUGAGAGAAACUCCCUUCUGCUUGUGAUCGGGAGCAGAGGAUGGGAACCACUGAAGCCACUUUACGCAUGGAGAACAUGGAGGUGAAAGAUGAGUGGCAAGAUGAUGAUUUCCCCCGGCCUCUUCCUGAAGACGGUGAUUUAGAUGGACUCACUGACAACACUGCUCAUCGUGCCGCUCUGACGGCGGAUCACGUGGAUUCUGUCCGACAGAAGCGCCGCACGCUGAUCGCUCCGGAUAUCAACCUGUCGCUGGAUAAAAGCGAAGGUUCGCUGCUUUCUGACGACUUCCUGGAAACACCAGACGACCUGGACAUAAACGUGGACGACAUCGACACGCCAGACGACGACUCUCUCGGCUCCCUCAACAACGGCAACGAGCUGGAAUGGGAAGACGACACUCCAGUGGCCAGUGCGAAGGGUCCAGGCGGCGACGGCGGCGACGGUGCGGGCCAUCUGUGGAGGACGGUGAUCAUCGGCGAUCAGGAGCACAGGAUAGACAUGCAGGUCAUCAGGCCGUACCUGCGUGUCGUCACGCAUGGAGGUUAUUACGGUGAAGGACUGAAUGCCAUCAUCGUGUUUGCUGCCUGCUAUCUGCCCGACAGCGGCUGCGCAGACUACAAUUACAUCAUGGAGAACCUCUUUCUGUGUUAUUACGGUGAAGGACUGAAUGCCAUCAUCGUGUUUGCUGCCUGCUAUCUGCCCGACAGCGGCUGCGCAGACUACAAUUACAUCAUGGAGAACCUCUUUCUGUUAAGAAAGAAUCUCAAAUGUCUGAUCAUCGCACAUCCCUCCUGGUUCAUCCGGACAGUUCUGGCCAUCUCGCGGCCCUUUAUCAGUGUAAAAUUCAUGGAUAAGAUCCGUUAUGUCCAGAGUCUGGAGGAACUGGCUCUGAUCGUUCCCAUGGAGCAUGUGCAGAUUCCCGAGUGCGUGCUGGAAUGUGACGAGGAGCGACUCAAAGCGCAGAGAGAAAGGCUUGAACAACUGGCCAAGACAUCAGAGAGGCCGCCAUCAGUGGCUGCGGAGGCCUGUCCCUGACGCGUCUCAUUGGAUACACUUCAAGACAGGGAUUCAUCUGUGCAUGUCAUUUUCCAAAGAUGUUCAAUUGUAAAGAACAAUCAUGUGGAUGUACACAAUCAUCAUCAUCUCAAAACACAAUAAUGAUGUUUGUGACGCUCUGUCUACAGUGAAGUUUUUCGAUACUCACUGACCUUUGACCUGGAUCACAACCGGAUCGCAGUUCAGUAAGUGUGAACGAGAGAGAAAACAAAUGCUUACGGACUCUCUUUUCGUACACUUGUUUUGUUUCUGAAGAGGAACAUCUGUGCAAACUCAAACAUCUUGUGUAACAGUCGUUUGUGUUGUACAGAUGUAAAACUUGGGAUGUUUAAUACCAGAGGGAUUUUAGCUUGACUUGGCAAUUUUUACCAUGUUCACUGGCCAACAGCUUCCACAAUGGGAAACGCAUUCAGCCUGUUACAUAAUGCAGCAGCUUACAGGUUUAAAGUCAACAUGAAAUCAUGCUUGCCUUCAUAAUCAUUCAUUGGUCAACUUGCCAUAAAAAACAACCAAUCACCAAAAAUUAUUUAGUCAUAGUUUUGGGCUGUUGCCGAAGGUAAUUUAUUCUUUUCUAAAAUCGUGUAAGUGGUUAAAGGAAAAGUUCACCCAAAAAUAAAGACAAUUAGCCCAUU